AUGUCGAAGGUCGCAGGGCUGAGGGACAGCUCAAACCUGUUGGGCCAGAAGAAUAAGCUGCUGGUAGCCAACAGAGGUGAAAUCCCAAUCCGUAUCUUCCGUUCUGCGCAUGAAUUGUCCAUGAAAACCGUGGCGAUUUACUCGCACGAGGACAGACUCUCAAUGCAUCGUUUGAAGGCCGAUGAGGCGUACAUGCUGGGCCCAGAGGGCAAAUACACACCAGUGGGCGCCUACCUGGCCAUCGACGAGAUCAUCCAGAUCGCCAAGGACCACGACGUUGACUUCAUCCACCCGGGAUACGGCUUUUUGUCGGAAAACUCCGAGUUUGCCCAAAAAGUGGCGGACGCCGGGAUCACGUGGAUCGGUCCAUCUGCACAGAUCAUUGACUCGGUAGGUGACAAGGUCUCGGCCAGAAACCUGGCCGCUCGUGCCCAAGUGCCCACUGUUCCAGGUACCCCAGGUCCAAUCGAUACCGUGGAGGAGGCCCAGGCCUUCGUCGCCGAAUAUGGCUACCCAGUCAUCAUCAAAGCCGCCUUUGGUGGUGGUGGUAGAGGUAUGAGAGUUGUUCGCGAAGGCGACGACAUCUCAGACGCUUUCCAGCGUGCCACUUCCGAGGCCAAGACCGCGUUCGGCAACGGUACCUGCUUCAUCGAAAGAUUCUUGGACAGGCCAAAACAUAUAGAAGUUCAACUUCUGGCUGAUAGCUAUGGCAACGUUGUGCACUUGUUCGAGCGUGACUGUUCUGUGCAGAGAAGACACCAAAAAGUGGUUGAAGUUGCUCCAGCCAAAACUCUACCUAAAGACGUUCGCGACGCCAUUUUGACCGACGCCGUGAAAUUGGCCAAAGAAGCCGGAUAUGUGAAUGCUGGUACUGCCGAAUUUUUGGUUGAUAACAAAAACAGACACUAUUUUAUCGAAAUCAACCCCAGAAUCCAAGUCGAACACACCAUCACCGAGGAAAUCACAGGUAUCGACGUCGUGGCUGCUCAAAUCCAGAUCGCUGCCGGUGCUUCUUUGCAACAGCUUGGACUGCUGCAAGACAAAAUCACCACCCGUGGGUUUGCCAUUCAGUGUCGUAUCACAACUGAAGACCCUGCCAAAAAUUUCCAGCCCGACACUGGUCGUAUCGAGGUUUACCGUUCCGCUGGUGGUAACGGUGUUAGAUUGGAUGGUGGUAACGCUUACGCUGGCUCAAUCAUUUCCCCUCAUUACGAUUCCAUGUUGGUGAAAUGUUCUUGUUCCGGUUCUACUUACGAAAUCGUUCGCCGUAAAAUGCUGCGUGCUUUGAUCGAAUUCAGAAUCAGAGGAGUUAAGACCAACAUUCCUUUCUUGUUGACGCUAUUGACCAAUCCCGUUUUCAUCGACGGCUCGUACUGGACCACUUUCAUUGACGAUACCCCAGAGCUUUUCCAGAUGGUCUCGUCUCAGAACCGUGCCCAGAAGCUAUUACACUACUUGGCCGACUUGGUUGUCAAUGGUUCUUCUAUCAAGGGUCAAGUUGGCUUGCCCAAGCUACACACUCAGCCAACCAUCCCAGUUCUUCACGACUCGCAGGGAAGUGUCGUCGACGUUUCAAGCCCACCUCCUGCUGGCUGGAGACAGGUGCUUUUGGAACAGGGUCCAGUUGGCUUUGCCAAGAUGGUCCGCGAUUUCAAGGGUACCCUUCUAAUGGACACUACUUGGAGAGACGCCCACCAGUCCUUGUUGGCCACCAGAGUCCGUACUUACGACUUGGCUGCCAUUGCCCCAACCACUGCUCAUGCUUUGGCUGGUGCUUUUGCCCUUGAAUGUUGGGGUGGUGCCACCUUCGAUGUCGCCAUGAGAUUCUUGCAUGAAGAUCCAUGGGAGCGUUUGAGAAUUUUGAGAAAACUAGUUCCAAACAUCCCAUUCCAGAUGCUACUACGUGGUGCCAAUGGUGUGGCUUACUCUUCUUUGCCUGACAACGCUAUUGACCACUUCGUUCUUCAAGCUAAAGAGAAUGGUGUUGAUAUUUUCAGAGUGUUCGAUGCUUUGAACGAUCUUGAGCAAUUGAAGGUCGGUAUUGACGCCGUCAAGAAGGCUGGUGGUGUUGUCGAAUCUACAAUCUGCUACUCCGGUGACAUGCUAAAGUCCGGAAAGAAGUAUAACUUGGACUACUACUUGGACAUUACCGAUAAAAUUGUGGCCAUGGGCACUCACAUUUUGGGUAUCAAAGACAUGGCUGGUACUUUGAAACCAUCUGCAGCCAAAUUGUUAAUUGGUUCAAUCAGAGCCAAGUACCCAGACUUGCCUAUCCAUGUUCACACUCACGACUCUGCCGGUACCGCCGUGGCCUCGAUGGCUGCUGCGGCCUUUGCAGGUGCCGAUGUUGUUGACGUGGCUACCAACUCGAUGUCUGGCAUGACCUCUCAACCAUCGAUCAACGCUUUGCUCGCUUCUUUGGACGGUGAGAUUGAAAGCAAUGUUGAAGUUAACAUGGUCCGUGAGCUAGAUGCUUACUGGGCUCAAAUGAGAUUGCUUUACUCGUGUUUCGAGGCUGACCUAAAGGGACCAGACCCAGAAGUUUACCAGCACGAAAUUCCAGGUGGCCAAUUGACCAAUUUGCUCUUCCAAGCUCAACAGUUGGGUCUCGGAGAAAAAUGGGCUGAAACAAAGAAGGCUUAUGAAGCGGCAAACUAUUUGCUAGGCGAUCUAGUGAAGGUCACUCCAACAUCCAAGGUCGUCGGAGAUCUUGCGCAAUUCAUGGUCUCCAACAAGCUUACACCAGACGAUGUUAGACGUUUGGCCUCGUCUCUCGACUUCCCCGAUUCCGUCAUGGACUUCUUCGAAGGUUUGAUCGGCCAGCCAUAUGGCGGUUUCCCAGAGCCUCUGAGAACUGACGUCUUGAAGAACAAGAGAAGAAAGUUGACAGUCCGUCCAGGCUUGGAACUCACCCCAUUCGACUUGCCUAAGAUCAAAGAAGAGCUGCAAGACAGAUUCGGUGACAUUGACGAAUGCGAUGUUGCUUCGUACAACAUGUAUCCAAAGGUUUACGAAGAUUUCCGUAAAAUGAGAGAACUAUAUGGUGACCUAUCCGUCCUACCUACCAAAAACUUCCUAUCACCACCUACUGUAGGCGAGGAAAUCGUCGUUACUAUCGAAAAGGGUAAAACCUUGAUCAUUAAGCCUCAAGCUAUUGGUGAACUGAACAAGGACACCGGUUUCAGAGAAGUUUACUUCGACUUGAACGGUGAAUUGAGAAAGGUCUCUGUUCUUGAUAAGUCUCAAAAGAUCGAAUCCCUUGCGAAGCCAAAGGCUGACGCUCACGACUCUCACCAAGUUGGAGCCCCAAUGGCAGGUGUGAUCAUCGAGGUCAAGGUACACAAGGGAUCUUUGGUCAAGAAGGGUCAACCUAUUGCCGUGUUGAGUGCCAUGAAGAUGGAGAUGGUGAUCUCUUCUCCAAGCGAUGGCCAAGUCAAGGACGUCAUGGUUAAAGAUGGCGAAAACGUGGACGCUUCGGACCUCUUGGUUCUUCUUGAAGACUCCGUGCCACCAAAGGAAUAA